CCUGCCCGUGAACCCCAGACUCUAUUGGGUCCCUUGCAGGAAGCUGCUCGCCAGACUCUUUUCGUCAAAAUAUGUCCUAGCAAUGUCAUGCUCUGAGAGAUUCGUUUUCACGGCGUCCUUGGUUAACUCUUUCGUGGACUGUCGUCCAAAGGAGCCCCCCUCUGUCACCCACCCUGACCCGGACCGCAGUGUCCAACAUAACUGUGGUUCCGUGCCAAACACGGCCAUACCCGGGACAAUGAACCAGCACCAGCAGUUGCAGCCGCAAGAAGCAAUGGCUCAGCCUCGAUACCAAUACCACCAGGGAAUACUGAACUGGGACGAGCCACAUUUGAGCCCGGUCCGAGUGCCGCAGGUCAGUGCUUGCCCUUACAGCGCGUCAAACAGAAAAGACAACUCCUCCUAUUUGCUGCUGGAACCGGACAACCACUCAAAACCGUCACCGGACGUGUCUGCCUUCACCAGACUAAUGUCAGAGAUGGGCUCCAUGACGGGUGGUUCUGGUCCAAUUCAGGGCUACUUCCGCCCGGAGCAGUCAUACUCCGGGUUCAAAGUCCAGGAGUACAACAACAGCGUGCACAGCUUGCCCACGACCAAUCCACCGCGCACUCCCCACUCAGUCUCGCGCCAUUUGUACCACUUGAGCUUCCCGGUGCUGCCAUAUCCAGACACUGACAUCAAGCGCGUUAUUGAUGACUUAGCGUUGGGCAGCAGUGAGUGUCCAGCCCAGAGAAGCGAUAUCAGCAGCAUCACCCUGGCCAGUCAGACCAACACGGAAGACUUAGUCAUAGGUUUACGGCGAGACAAGCCCUCAUCAGUCUUACCCAAGGGCGAUAAAGGUCCCAGACAGGAGUCGCAAGAGGAUGCAACAUUCAAAAAUGAUGCGUGCUGUGGAUGGCUGUGGGCGAAGGCGGGGAGGAAGAAGCGCUGUCCUUACACCAAAUACCAAACACUGGAGCUGGAAAAGGAGUUCCUCUUCAACAUGUAUUUGACUCGCGAUCGCCGCCUGGAGAUCGCUCGCAGUGUCAACCUCACUGACCGUCAAGUCAAAAUCUGGUUCCAGAACCGUCGCAUGAAGAUGAAGAAGAUGACACUGGAACACAGAACCAGGGACACGGUCACACAUUUCCCCAUCUGAUUCCCCACAAACAUGGUGUGCAGAGACAGGUCUACAUGGACAUGACUGAGUGCAGGAGCAUGGGAUGAUGCAAAGUCAACAAUAGGAUGGACCAUAUACUGAAGGAUGUGGAGAUAGUGGUUCUGA